GCCGGGCUGAUCGCUAUCUGCUUCCGGGAAAGAGACGUGGUCUCCGCUUAGGUGCAGGUGGCGAACUCGAGCUGCGGAAUAUCGUCUUGCUGACCGCGGCAGCCGUAGGUUAGGGACCUUGGAUGCUCCCUGACCCUGAGUUCUGAGACUUCCCAAUACAAUGACUCAAGCUGAAAUUAAACUGUGUUCUUUGUUGCUACAAGAGCAUUUUGGAGAGAUUGUAGAAAAAAUUGGAGUGCACCUGAUCAGAACUGGCAGCCAGCCACUUAGAGCAAUUGUGCAUGACACAGGAACAUCCCUGGAUCAGGUGAAAAAAGCACUUUGUGUCCUCAUCCAGCAUAACCUGGUGAUAUAUCAAGUGCACAAACGUGGUGUGGUUGAGUAUGAAGCCCAGUGCAGCCGGGUAUUACGCAUGCUUAGGUAUCCCCGGUACAUCUAUACCACCAAAGCACUUUAUGGUGACACUGGAGAGCUGAUUGUUGAGGAGCUGCUGCUGAAUGGCAAAAUGACAAUGUCCGCUGUUGUGAAGAAAGUGGCAGACCGACUCACAGAGACCGUGGAAGAUGGGAAGACCAUGGAUUAUGCUGAGGUAUCAAACACUUUUGUGCAACUGGCAGACACCCGCUUUAUACAGCGUUGCCCCAUGGUGCAUGCCCCUGAGGAUUCAGACACAGGGCCUCCACCACCUGCCCCUAGCCUUGUCAUUAAUGAAAAGGACAUGUACCUGGUUCCUAAACUGAGCUUGAUAGGGAAAGGUAAAAGGAGAAGAUCAUCCGAUGAAGAUGCUGCUGGUGAGCCUAAGGCCAAAAGACCAAAACGCCCAGCAGAUAACAAAGAGAUCUUCAGAUCCCUACCUGUUGGCUAUAACAUCUCUAAGCAAGUCCUCGACCAGUAUCUUACUCUGCUUGCAGAUGACCCACUAGAGUUUGUUGGAAAGUCUGGCGACAGUGGUGGAGGAAUGUUUGUCAUCAACUUCUAUAAGGCAUUAGCAUCGCUAGCCACAGCCACUCUGGAGUCUGUCAUACAGGAGAGAUUUGGAUCUCGGUGUGCCAGAAUAUUCCGUCUGGUUUUGCAAAAGAAACACCUAGAACAGAAGCAAGUGGAGGACUUUGCAAUGAUUCCUGCAAAGGAGGCAAAGGAUAUGCUAUAUAAGAUGCUGUCAGAAAAUUUCAUAUCACUCCAGGAAAUUCCAAAAACACCGGACCAUGCCCCGUCCAGGACCUUCUAUUUAUAUACUGUGAAUAUCCUAUCAGCUGCACGAAUGUUGCUGCACAGGUGCUACAAGAGUGUAACCAACUUAAUAGAAAGGCGGCAAUUUGAAACCAAAGAAAACAAGCGUCUACUCGAAAAGUCUCAGAGGGUAGAAGCCAUCAUUGCAUCUGUGCAGGCCACAGGUGCAGAGGAAGCACAGUUGCAAGAAAUAGAGGAGAUGAUCACAGCCCCUGAGCGGCAGCAGCUAGAGACCCUGAAGCGUAAUGUCAACAAGUUGGAUGCCAGUGAAAUCCAGGUAGAUGAAACCAUCUUCCUGCUGGAGUCAUACAUUGAGAGCACCAUGAAGAGACAAUGACCCAGAAGAAGCAUCUUCCUCAGAGGACCUGGGGGGAUGGAAAGAACAUGGCAGUGCCUAGGUAUAUGCUGUGCAGUAGAAGUUGCAGGUUCUUGUUGGGAAACCCUCCCUCUUUCCUUACUGCUCAAAUCCACCUGAGAGUUUGGAAGGGCAUGGUGGUAAUGCCUAUAAUUGCAGCACUCUAGAAGGCUGUGGCAGGAGGAUCACAAGUUCGAGCCCCAUGGACAACUUACUGACCU